UUAAACAAAUUAAAAUUUUCCUUUUUGGCAUCCUGGUAAUAAGGAGGAUGCUGAAGGGUCGAGUGUUAAAAAAGGAUGAUCUGCCAUAAAUGAAAAUGAAUACAAAAAUCUUUAUUAUCAAGGAAUAUUAUUUGAUCUGUAAAUGAGAUUAGAGAAAGCAGUUUGGAGAAAAACCGGAGCAUUGAAAAACUAAGAUCUGAAUCAAGCAGCGAUAUAUCUGUUAUCUCUGACAAUAGUAUAGAGACACUGAAUACAGAAAGUUCAGCUUCAGAGGAAAGAAAACAGACUAGUCCUAGCUCUAUAGAGGUUCUAGAUGGAGUAGAUGAAAGUAUUCCUGAUGGUGAAGACACAUCAAACAAUACUUCCCAAAGUGUUCCAGCUGCCUCUAUGAUCACCAGCAAUACAAUGAGUGGAAGUGGAAGCACUAUGAUGCAGGAAAGCAGUAGCAGUGGAUCACUUGUUAAUAGCGUUAUUCUAAAUACAAAACAGGGAGUAGAUGGAGAUCUAGUCAGCGAGCCGAAUUCCCCCCUGAAGAAGGAUAAUGAUAGAUCAAGCGAAGACGAUUCUGUGUAUCACAGUUGUGUCUCCCAGGAUGAAAUCUACCAAGGUAGUGCGACAGAUAUAUCAGGAACUACUCCUACAGGAGGCUGUAUAACCCCGACAAGGGGAUCAGGAACCCCUCCGUUCCUGGGUGCGCUGGAUAUCAGUGGGAUAACAGUAACGUUGGGAGAUGCUUCCCUCAGCUCUACUCCAGCAACAGUCAGGAGCAGGUAUUUUCUAGCAUAG